AUGGAAACUCCAAUUCAUGCCAGUCAAGUAUUUGCUUUUCUUCGUCGAAACUAUCGAGUUUCACGAAAUACUCGAGCACUUUGGCAAUUUCAACAAAUUGCUGCAUCGUCAUCAAAUCGAGUUCGCAUUCUAACAUCAGAAGAAAUCACACAAUCAUCCGAUGAAAUUGUCCUUGUUUCAGCUUUAGAACAUGAUGGUACACCAAUAACAUCAUCAUCAACUAUUACUUGUACAAAUUCAACACGUUUUUCUUAUUUUACAACACGUUAUAAAUUUGCUUUUAUUCUUGAUAUGACUGAUUCAUGUGCAUCAGUAUCUAAUGAUGGUGGUCAUAUUUAUUUAGAAUCAUUAACAAAUUGUUUAUGUAUACUUUUGUUUUCUCUUGCAAAAACAUUUACAUUUCCAGGUUGCGAAUUAAAAUUUCAGCCAGAAAUAGAUAUAUCAGUGUACGUCUAUUUUCCAUUACAUCGUACACCAAGUCAUCAAGUACUUAUUCAUGGUUACCGAUUAACUUGGUCAACAUUACAAAAUGUUUGUCGUGAUAUUGCAAGUAAUUUAAAAGAUGCUACUGAUCUUCUACAUAAUGUUAUGAGUAUUGGUCAACCAUUUACUACACAUUCAACAUCAUCUACAAUGGAUUCAGAUGAUAAUCUUAAUUCACAUCUAAAUACAAUGUAUUCAAAUAGUGAAUCAUCAUGUGCUAUAAUAAAUAUGCUCAGUUAUGGUAUAACUGCUUUACAAUUAAUGCCUGAAGAAUCAACAGCAGCAUUAGUAAUUAUAACUGAUGGUAUUCUUGAUGUACCAAAUUUAGCAGCAUUCGAAGCUGUAAUGAGACAAAUUCGAGCACGUAUAAUAAGUUGUUCAUUUGUUCAAAUUGGUUCAACUAAUAAUAAUCGACAACAAACAACAGAUAAUAAAACAUUAAAACCACCAAUAGCUAGUUUAGGACAUGUACCUAAUGAAGAAUUAUUAAAAUUUAUUAGUCUAUCAACAUUUGGUUCAUUCAUACAUUUUGAUGUUGAUCAUAUAGGUAGUGGAUCAACAUUAUUAACACGUUUAUUUUCUAAUGGUGCUGAAAUAUUAAAUGUUUGUAAAAAAUUAAAUGGAUUUCAAAAUGAACUCUUAUCAUGGGGUUUUCAUAAAGCUGUUGAAGAAUAUAAUACAUCAUCAUCAUCGUCAUCAAAACGUUCAUCAACUAGAUCAUUUAGUACUGAUGAUGGAGAUACACGAAAUAGUAAAUCGAAUGCAAUAAGUUUACCAAUAUCAUCUAAAUUAGUUAAUCAAUCAGUUCUUCGAACAUCAUUAGAAAAUGUUCUUUCAUUACGUUUACGUGAAGGUUAUACAGUUAAACGUGUUCAAAUUCAUAAAGAUGAAAUUGAGGUUCAUCUCGUAUUACCUUGGCGUUAUGAUAUUCAAAUAAAAUAUAUAGCACGUUCAGUUUGGCCACUUGAAAAGAGUAUAAGAACGGAUAUUCGAGUUUAUAAAGAAGCACCAAUUUAUUUCCUACAAGAAUUAAAUCAAUUAUCUUAUAAUCAAACAUCAAAAGUAGCUAAUGCUAUUCGUAAUAAUCUUGUUCGUCGUUAUAAUGAUGUUAUACAAACUGUCUCUGUUACCGAUCGACAUUUAACAUUAAUUAACACAUUUGCUCAAAAUGCAUCAUAUUAUCGUAUCCCGGAAACAAUUAAACGUGGAAAACCUAUUUUUUAUUUAACACAAAAUGAUUUACAAGCAUUCUUAAAUGUCAAAGACCCGGAUCUUCAAGCAUUUGCCGAUUUCUGGCGUCCAAUUGUCAUUCUUGAUGGAUCAUUAUGGCAACGUUUUAUGUAUACACAUAAUUUAACAAUAAUUUUAGUAAAUGAUCCACUAUCUAAUUCAUUAUUUCUUAUGAAUAAUCAUUUAUCUCAAUCACAUAAUCAACAAUAUUCCACUGUUUCAUGUCGUUUAGCAAAAAAUGAUUUUGAAUUAUUUUUAUCCGAAUAUUUUUCGUUUGUUUUGCUUGAUGGUCAAGCUUAUAUUAAAUUUUUAAUACGUGAAGAUAAUGAAAAUAUUCCCUAUAGUUUUAUGUUAUUACGUAUUAUGGGACAACCACCAUUACUCUAUUUAAAAUUUGCUUUUCAAUCGAAUGCAACAACUGUUGAACGACAUAAAAUAAUUGAAGAUUUUCGACAUAAUCUUAUUCAUCUUCGUCCACGUUCACGUAUGAAAUCAGGAAAUUUAAAUGAUAAUAAUCGUAAACAACAAACAUCAACACCCGUUUCAAUAAAUAGUCAACGAACAAUACCACCAUCAUCACUUGCAAUUCAACAACGAUCAUCAUCUCCAUGCUGUGUUGUCUUAAAUAAAAAUAUCGAACGAUUAAUGCUCAAACCAGAUCCAUUUCCAUAUGAAUCACUUGGCAUUCAAAAACCAGAUGAUGAUGAUAUUCAACAAAAAAAUCGAACAGAAUUAGAUUCAAAACGACAAGCACUUUCGAAAUUUUUCUACAUACGUACAUUUGUACGUUCAUUUGAAAGUAUUAAACAUUCAUCAAAUAUUCCUAAACGAAUAGCAGAUAUUAUUCUUGAUACCUUCAUAAGACGACGACUUCAAGAAGGUUUUCAUUUUGCUAUAUCACAUAAUAAUAUUCAUAAUCUUGUUCUUGAAGUUAAAAUGAAUACACCAAAAGAAGAAUAUUCGAAAGAUAUAGUUCGAUUAAAUUCUGAUAUAAAUUUUUAUCCAGAUGAAAGAGCACGAACUUGUCUUAUACAAUAUAGAGUUUAUCCAGUUGAAUGUGGUCGUUUAACUGAUACAAGUGCAUCGCGAGAUACUCGUUCGAUGUCAUUACGACGUUCAUCAAAUAUCUAUUGUGAUCAACCAACAUGUUAUUAUUUUCUAACUCAAUGUUGGAUUGAACCUCAAGAUGGUUUUGUUGAUACCAGUUGUUCUGAACUUGAAUUUCUUAAUCAUUGUACUUAUAAACAAAUUGUGGAUAAGAUUGGUGAAGUUGAUCAAGAAUGUUUCAAUACAAUUGUUUCAUUUUAUUUUGUUAAAUAUUUACAAGAACGAAGUUUAUCUUUACCAAAACCUAUUUUACGUGCACCACGAGCAUUAACAGCUGAUAUUGUUCGCGUGCCAUUUAUUCAAGAUACAAUUAAUCUUAUACGACGUUCACAUCAAACUUAUUUUGAUUUUUGUGCUUUUAUUGAUGAUUAUGAUAAAAUAAAACAUGAUUAUAUCGCUAAUGAUGGUUCACUUACAUCAACAAGUCUUAAUUCAACAUUACUUACUGUACUUCGCGAACGUCUUCGUUCUAAAACAUAUGAAAGUAAACCACAAUUAUUUCUUGAUAUUAAUGGAAAUAAUAAUGCAUAUACACGUACAUUAUUAUCACGUUCAACAAAUUCGAAAACUAAUUCAUUACCACUUGGUUUACGUAGUUUAAAAAAGAAUCGAUAUUUACUUUAUUUACUUAAUUAUAAUGAUCAACAAAAAACACCAAUAAUAUUAACUGAUCUUGAACGUUAUCUUAGUGAUAUGUUAUUUCCACAAUGGGAUUUUCUUGUUUGUGCUGAAGGUGAUGAAUUUGUUUAUAUGAUAUUAUUACCUAAAACUGAACGUGAUUUACUUCUAUUAAAUACGGAUUUAAAUAUACUUAUGCAAGAUCUUAUUGCUCAUUAUUCAUUGAAUCAUAUUGAUAAUGGAAUACCUAUUUAUGAUGAUUGUCGAUUUAUGAUGGAUGGUUUAAUAGAUGAUGUUGAAUCACAAGUUGGUUGUGCUCCACCAUGUUUAUUAUCUAAAACAGAAAAUAUAGAAAAUAAAACUAAUGAAGAACACACAGGUAAACAUACACGUAGUCGUCGUCAACGUCGAGAUACAUUCACUUCAUCGGAUUUAUUAGUACCUCAUAGUACACAUCCAGGAUUUCUUCAAGGCAAAAUUACAUCAUCUUCAUCACCGAUUCCUAUUAUUCAUACUGUAUCUCAAAGUUCACAACAUUCAUCUUCACAACCGGCAGCUACUGGUUAUCGACGAAUCUAUUCUCCAUUAACAAUCGAUACAAAUAAUCUAUCACAUAUUGAAUCAUCACCACGUCGUUAUUCAGCAUCAGCUGCUAUAUCACCACCAAAUCAUCUUUAUAUUCCACCUAUAUUAAAUCUUAUUCCACCAUCACCACAACAACUAUUAUCACACGAUAAUUUCAAAAAAUUAGUUGAACGUCAAUGGCGUAUACCAAUAUUUUUAUAUGGUUGUACUAAAGGACGCUUAGCAUCAUCAUUACUUUUAUCAAAUGAACAACAAGUAAAAAAUCUUUGGGCAGAUACUUAUGUUGAUUGUCCAAAAGAUGAUAGUGAACUACCAAAUGGAGCAACAACAUUACAAAAUAUAAAACCCAGAAAAAGAGAUAAUUCUCGUCGUCAUGAUGAUGAUCUACCAAAUCAUGAUGAUAAACAAGUUGAAAAUAUGCGUGAUUUACUUCAUUAUGUUUUUGCUACUGCUUUUUAUAAAAAUUGUCUACUUGAUUUAACAACACAUCGUUCUGAUGUUGAAUACGCAUUAACUAUAAUCUAUCAAGAACAUUAUGAAGAUAUUAAUUUAACACCAUUUCUUAAAGCUAUGUGUUCACAUUUAUCAAUUGAUAAUUCAAAAUCAUUAGAACUUGAUAUACCUUGUGAACCAACAACAAAACAUAUAAAUUUAUAUUUAAAUGAAAAAUUUCUUGAAAUCAUAAAUAAAUUUUUUCAUCGUGUAUCACCUGAUUCGGAUUAUUUUUAUUUCUUUACUGAUGAAGAACGUUUUCGACAAAGUCGAAAUUCAUUUGAAAUAGAAGAUCGUUUAGCAAAUAAUAAUGAUAUAACAUCAACAUCAGGUCCAUAUAAAUUCGAUGAAACAAAUGGACAUGAUCAUGAAAGUAGUAGUGAUGAUGAUCAUGGAAGUAAUGAUACUGUUUAUAUUCAUGAUAAUAAUGAUGAUGAAGAUCCAGAAUUACAAUUAACAACAACACGUCGUCGUUCAAAUGAAUCAUCAAGUUCAUUAUCAAAUCCUUCGAGAGAAUUGUGUUGUCGUGGAGAAGUUUUACCAUUAUUUAUUUGUUUUGAUUGUCGAUUAGUUAUGAAAGAUCACGAUUAUAAUACACCAGUUAAAACAAUUCCAGUUUGUAUAAGUAAUUUAAUUCCAAAGCCAAAUGAAACAAAAUUAGAUUAUGAAAGUUUACGUGUUUCAUUUGGUUUAAUUUGUUUAACAUUUGGACGUGAAGAUAUUGAUACACAAGGUAUAAGUAGCAUGGGUAGUAUUGUAGCAAAUACACCUAUAUUUAAUCAUCCAUUUGUAUCAGCAAAAAGAUUUCAUGAAAUGAAUGGACUUGAUGCAGUAGAGAAUAUAAGUACUUGUACAGGAACAACAAUGGCUGGAGAAUUGAAUAAAAAUCCAUUGGAUAAACUUCGAUUAUCUGAUGCACAAAGACAAGCAAUUUUAUCAUGUCGACGAGAGAUUGAAUGGCUUUUACGCGAUGAACAACUUUCAACAUAUUUUACUCGUCGUUCACUUGAUAGAAAACUUAUUGAAAAUGUUAUUGAACAUGUACAAAGUUCUGUGAAUAUUAAUAAAUCGAAUUGUCUUUGUCGUUCAAUUGAUCUUAUGUUUGUACUUGGAAUUGAUAAAUCAAUGACACCAUUUUUCGAAGAAUUACAACGUAUUCGUAUUCGAGAGAAAUAUAUUCUAACAAAUUGUGGAAACUAUUUUGUUUUACUUGAGCCAAUACAUCAAAAUUUCGACGAUAUUCAUCUACGACGAAUAUCAGGUAGAAAUGAAUUGAUUUCUGAUAAUAUAGAGAAUAUCUUUUUGAAACAAAAAACAAAAACAGCUUUAUCAACUACUUCAAAUGAUGAUCAAGCAUCGAUGGCUAAUGAAGAUAGUUUAGGUUCGGAUGGUUCAAUGAUUGGUGACGAUGAUGAUGAUGAUAGAAAAUCUAUCGAAGAUGAACUUGAUGAUUAUGUUAAACCAUCAUUUUGGCUUUUUAUUGAACGAAAAGUAAAAACAUCAUCUCAAGUUGAUUUACUUGAAGUUAAAUUUUAUUUAUACUGCGGUUCAUCAUCUGAUACAAUGCAAAAAUCAUGUGAAGCUCAAGCAAUAUUAGAAGAAUUAAUCAAUGAAUUUAAUCGUUUAUGUCGUACAAUUAAUCAAAAAUUAUUAUUAAGCAAUUUAGCAAAUUCUCGUUUAUGUAAUUCAUUAUUAGUACCACCUGGUGAGAAUGAUGAUACAAGUCUUGAUGCUGAUGCACCUGUAUUGACAGCUAAUUUAAGUAUACCACCCGGCACAUUUGCUUGUGAUGAAUUAUGGACACAUUCAUUUCCUUUACAUUUUCGUCUUCGUCCACAUAUUCAUGCACCACCGAGUUUAAAACCAUCAUCUGGUUAUCAUCCAGGUUCACUUUUACGCGAAUUAACAACACAUUUUAGUUCGUUAGCUGUACACAAUAGAAAAAAUUUAUUUGUCUAUUGUGGUAAAAGUAAUGAUUAUUAUAUGCGAUUUCGAGAAGAUAUUCAUCCACCAUCAAUACCUGGUUUGGUUGAUGAUACAUUAUUACUUAGUGAAAAUCAUCAUCAAUAUUGUGAAAUGCCAUCACCACAAAUUACUCAUAAUAAUAGUAAUUCAUCAUUGAAUAAUUCAAUGAAAAAUCGUCAACGUCAUGAUUCAGGAACAUUUUCUGUUCAUGUCAUGCUUUAUGGAUUAAAAUCAGCAACAAAUGAUCCUCAAUUCGAAACUGUAAAAAGUAAUCUUAUUCAAUCUAUUGUCACUCGAUUAGAAGAUGAAGUUGUUAAAGAACUUGUCAAUGCUUUAUAUCAUUUUGCAAUGACACGUUUAAAUCCUGAUGAUGUUACUUUUAUUCGACCAAUUGAUAGUGAACCAAAACAUAUAUUUGAAUAUAAAAUUUCACCAUUAAUUAAUACAAGUGAUUUUCUAUAUUAUUUUCGACGUUAUGUCAAAACAAAUACAUUUCAUCAACCACUUCUUUUACCUGUACUUGCUAAAGAUCUUAAAGAUAUUAUCAAAGAUUAUCAUGGACAAACAUUAAUUGUUUAUAAUCGUAAUUUUAAUAUUCGAAUUCCACGACCAGGUCUUGCCUGGAUUGAAUUACAUGUAUUAAAUUCAAGUAAUCGCCCGAGUCCUUUAUCAACAGAAGAUUUAUCUGAUGAAUUAACUGUUGAAUCACUUAUUGAUUUAAUUCGUAUUGAAGAAACAAAAUCUUCUUCUUCAACAAGUGAAGAUAAUUCACCUGAAAAUAUUCUUCGUUGUCAUGUUUGGGCACGUGGUAGUCAACCAGAAAUUGAUCCAACUGCAAUGUCAAAUACAUUAUUACAAGCAUUUACAUUUGCAUUAGCAGAUUAUGUUACAGAAUAUAAACUCUUACUAAGAUUAAAUAAUAAUAAUAAUAGUAAUAAUAACAGCCAUCAUUUUAAUCAAAGACAUGGAUCAUUAGAACCACCACCAUCACCUCGUUCAAUGAAUACAGUUAAAUUUGCUGAUGAAACAAAUUUUGCUCUUGAUCGAAAUGUACAAGCAGCACGAACAUAUACAAUAGAUACAACACCAACAACACCUACAGCACAAUCUAGACGUCGUCAUGAAUCAAAUCAAAGUUCAAUACUAAGUGGUUCAUCCAUGGAUGAACCGCAAUCAUUAUCAGUUGAUUAUGCUGAAUGUUUAACAUCAUGGUUUCAAUAUUUAACUACAAAUUAUGCAAAACUUCCAUCAUUAACAUCUUGUUCCUAUACAUUAACUAAUCGAAUGUUAUUAAUGGAUAUCAUAUCUAAUUUUACAUCAUGGCUUAAUGAACAAAAAUUUAUUGCAUAUAAACAUGAAUCACUACAUGGAAUGAUAUUUCGUUGUAAUAAAGAACGAACUCUAUAUUUACCAGUACCAUCAGUAGAUCAAAUGCCGACACGUAUACCUGGUGAAAAUCUUGAUCUUAUUGUAUUAUAUCAAAGUAGUAAAAUGGUUAAUGAUUUACCUAGUGAAAGUAUUGAACCAUCACCGCAACAAGAAUCUGGUGAUGCUAUGGCAUUAGCAAAUAGUUCGGAUAUUCAAAAGAAAAUAUUUUUAUAUGUUACUGCAAAUGAUAAAAAAUUAACAAUGAUAUUACAUAAUGCACCUGAUGAAUUAUCGAAAUUAUUAAUGGGUUAUUUUUCUAAUAUAAUUAAUUGGUCAAAUAAACGUUUAAAUGUUUUAAAUAUAAUUGUAACACAAAAAAUGGGUCUUUUUCGUUAUCGAUCAUUUCAUCAUGAUCAACAUUCUGACUAUAGUCGUCAUCAUGCACAACAUGGACUAAUAAAUAAACAUCCAGUUAAAGGUGAUAAUGUUGAUCUUGAACAAGUUAUUAAAGAUACUACACCACCAAAAACAGGAAAUAUUUAUACAUCAUGGAAUAUUGAUUUACUUUAUUGUAAUUUAAUUGGUUCAUAUCCAUCAUUACCAAAUGAUUCUAGUCAAGAUCUUAUUCAAAGACAUGGAACACAAUUACUCCAAUUAAAAGAAAAUAAAAAAAAUCAUAUGGAUCGAUGUACAAAACUUGAAGAAAUAUGUUCAAAUUGGAUACUUAAACCAAAAUUAUUUAUUGCAGAUGAAUUAUUAACUCAAAUGAAACAUCGUUCACGAUUAUUAACUAUUGCUGUUGCACCUAUACUUUUCUCUCGACCUACUCGACAUUUUUUUCAAAAUGAUACAACAUUACGUGCAAAUAAUGCACUUUGUCUAGAUGCUUCUACGUCAGCAACUGAAGGCACAUUAUCUAUGCGUAUGGCAAACAAACGGAAAUCUGUUGCUAUUCCAGUCGAUUUUAGUCUACGCCGAUUAGGUCAAUUUGUUGAUGAGAAUGAUUAUCAAAUUGCACAAAGUCAAUUAACACGUUUUGAUUCAAAUCGUGUAAAUACAGGUGAACAACAACAACCUUCAAUCAUUGAAUCAUUUGUCGAACAAUUAUCUCUACAUUUACAAAAUACGUAUAAAUUUUAUUUAAUAAAUACAAAAUUAAAUCCUCGAAAAAAUCCUCGUUCAUUACAUGUUCAAUCACCAGCUGAAUAUAAUUUUCAUCGUUCUGAUCAAGGUCGACGUGCAACUUUACUUGCAGAAGUAUCAGUAUUGAAUAAUGUUCAAGUUAUUAUACGUUUCCUUCAAUAUGAUAUUAUUAAAAUACCAACUAAUAAUCAAUUAUCAACAACGAAUCAUUUUCGAUCAAUAUCCAAUGAAUCAUUUUGUAGUCCGGAACAAUCAGAACUUAAUCCAUUUGUUUAUGAUUUUCAUCUUCAAACAAUUGUUGCUUAUCAAUUAAAACCAGAAGAUGAACGUAGAUUUUCAUCAGAUUUUUCAGUAAUUACAUUUUUACAAGAUUUUAUUGAAUAUUAUCCAACUGCACCUAUUGGAUCAAAAACUGCAUUAUUUAAAAUAAUUAUUCAUCAUUCAAUUGAUGGUAAUAAACGAGCAGCAGAUAAUGAGUUAUUCAAAUAUGUACUUAAACAUGCAGAAUCCUAUAAUAUUCAGAUAAGAAAACGAAAUACUGAUGAAUAUUUAUUUAAUUGUGAUCACAAAGAUAUUUAUUGGAUGGCUGCUCGAACAACACCAUCUUCACCUGCUGAAUUAACAGUUGUAAUGUAUAUUAUCUAUACAAAUUUAGAGCCGAAAUUACUCAAUCCAUCGAAUAUACCAUUAUCAACAUUAAAUAAAAUUUCAGUACCUCCACCAACUAAUAAUCGAAUAGCAAAUAGUCUAAAAAACAGUGCAACUAUGAGUCAAAUGAGAGAACGUGCUUCAACUAUAUUGGUACCAUCAGGAAAAACUAAUCUCGUCGUACCGCUUCGAUCAAACACAGUUGGCGGCGAGCAAUAUAUUGCAAAUAAUAUACCAGUUGAUCGAAAUGUUGAAUUUUUCCGAUUAAAACUAGUAUCUAUAUUAAACAAAGCAACAUUACAACAUCGUCGAGAAAGUCUUUGGGAAAAAUUAAUUUCUGCUCGAUCAGAUAACACUCAAACUGGACGUCAAGAAAACGUAUCAAUACAUAUAAAUGAAUUUCAAGCAUUAUUAGAUUCAUGUAUCGGUGAUGAAACAAUGGAAUUAACAACUGUGAAUACAUUAUUACAACGAGUAUUUAUUAACAAAGAACAAUUGGAUAGAUUAUAUAGAUUUUUAAAAUUACGAUAUGGUACACAAUUUCAUAUGAUGAAUUCGACAACUGUCAAUUAUCUAGUCGUCUUUCAAAAUAAAGCUCCAGAAAAAUGCGAUGCGUUUCUUGUUCUUAUUUAUCGAUCGGAUCAAAAUAGUCUAAAAUCGUAUGUAGUCAAACAACAAAAUAAUAUUAAUUGUACGCCAUUUAUUGAAACAUUUACACAAAAAAUUAGUUAUUUUCUUUGGGAAUGUUUAAUAUGA